CAUUUUUUUUAUUCUAUCCUAGCUUUCUUUUUAGUAUCCCACAACAAUCCUCCAUUAACCAAACACACAACUGAAAAUGGAAAGAUUAUCUCAAAUUGCAAGACAGGCAACAGCCUCAGUUGCUCCUCUCGCAAGACCAGCUCACCCACUUGAUCCUUUAUCCACUACUGAAAUCAAGGCUACCACCGCCAUUAUUAAGGAAUAUUUCGCCGGCCGGAAUAUUUCGUUCAACACUGUUACCCUCAAGGAACCUUCUAAACGUUCUUACCUUGAAUGGAAGGAACAAAAUGGUCCAUUCCCUCCAAGAAUUGCUUACUACGUCAUCUUGGAAGAAGGUGUCCCAGGUAUUAAGGAUGGUUUAGUUGACUUGGUCAACUUGCAGGUUCUCUCUGUUCAACCAUUGGCCAGCAAGCAACCAAUCUUGACUGUUGAAGAUUUGGUUGGUACUGAAGAGAUCAUUAGAAAGGACCCUGCUGUCAUUGAGCAAUGUGCUAUUGUUGGUAUCCCAGCUAAUGAAAUGCACAAAGUUUACUGUGACCCUUGGACCAUCGGUUACGAUGAAAGAUGGGGUUCUGCCAAGAGAUUGCAACAAGCCUUGGUUUACUACAGACACGAUGAAGAUGACUCCCAAUACUCUCAUCCUUUAGACUUCUGUCCAAUUGUCGACACCGAAGAAAAAAAGGUUAUCUACAUUGAUAUCCCAAACAGAAGAAGAAAGGUUUCCAAGGCACCAAAUGCCAACUUCUAUCCUAAAGAUAUUGUUGCUAAGUAUGGUUCCAUGAGAGACGACUUGACUCCAAUUAAUGUUACCCAACCAAAGGGUGUUUCCUUCAAGAUGGACGGUAACUUGAUGAGCUGGAACAACUUCAACUUCCACAUCGGUUUCAAUUACAGAGAAGGUAUUGUCUUAUCCGACAUCCACUACAACGAUCACGGUAAGAACAGACCAAUCUUUCACAGAAUCUCUCUUUCUGAGAUGAUUGUUCCUUACGGUUCUCCAGACUUCCCACAUCAAAGAAAGCACGCUUUGGACAUUGGUGAAUAUGGUGCUGGUUACAUGACUAACCCAUUAUCCUUGGGUUGUGAUUGUAAAGGUGUUAUUCACUACCUGGAUGCUCACUUUGCUGACAGAGCUGGUGACCCAAUCACCAUUAAGCAUGCUGUCUGUAUUCAUGAAGAAGACGAUGGUCUGCUUUUCAAGCACUCUGAUUUCAGAGAUGCGUUUGCUACUUCCAUUGUCACCAGAAGUACCAGAUUGAUUAUCUCCCAGAUCUUCACUGCUGCUAACUACGAAUACUGUAUCUACUGGAACUUCUUGCAAGAUGGUGCUAUCCGUCUAGAUGUCAAGCUUACUGGUAUAUUGAACACUUACAUCCUUGACGAUGAAUCUGGAGAAGGUGCUGGUAAAUGGGGUUGCAGAGUCUAUCCAAACACCAACGCUCACAACCAUCAACAUUUGUUUGCUCUUAGAAUUCAUCCAAGAAUUGAUGGUGACGGAAACUCCGCUUCCGUUGUUGAUGGUUCUGCAUCUGAACACCCACUUGGUUCACCAGAAAACAUGUAUGGUAACGGUUUCUACGCUAAAUCCAAGACUUUCAAAACUGUCGAAGACUCUUUGACUCAAUAUGAAAACGGAAGAUCCUGGGAUAUCUUCAAUCCAAACCUCAAGAACGAAUACUCUGGUAAGCCACCAUCUUACAAGUUGGUAUCAUUCCAAUGCCCACCUUUAUGGGCUAAGCCAGGUUCUCUUGUUUACAAGAGAGCUCCAUGGGCACAUAACACUGUUCAAGUUGUGAAGUAUGAAGAAGACAGACUAUAUCCUUCUGGCGAUCACGUUCCUCAAUGGUCUGGAGAAGGUAACAUCGGUAUGAAGAAAUGGAUCGGUGAUGGUUCUGACAACAUUGAAAAUACCGAUAUCUUAUUCUACCACACCUUUGGUAUCUCCCAUUUCCCAGCUCCAGAAGAUUUCCCAUUGAUGCCUGCUGAACCAAUCACAUUGAUGUUGAGACCACGGCACUUCUUCACGGAGAACCCUGCUUUGGAUGUUCCUCCUUCUCAUGCUAUGACUACAAGCCAAGCAAAAAUUGCAGGCAACACUGAAAUUUCAAGUUUGACUGACAAGUCUUCCAGAUACGCAUUCCAAGAUACAUCAUCUUUGGGCUGUUGUACCAGAUUUACCAAAGAAAAAUGAUUUUUUCUUUCGUUUCUUCAUAUCCUUCAUCCACUUUUAUAUUUUCCGUACAUAAUAUUUUUUUCAGUUUUAUAAUUUUUUAGAUCCUAAUUUAAACAACUGAUCUUUUUCCUUUCUACACACACCUAUAUAUGUAGCUAGAUAAAUACGUCAGACUAUAACGAUACCCAAGAGGCUCAAAUACCGUUUCCCACCAUCUCGUCAAACUGACUGAACAACUGCUCCAUUUGGUCUGCGGCCAGAGCAUCAUCAUUCAUCUCGUUUUCGUUUUUU